ACAGCCACCCAACUAUUCUUCACUAAUCCCAGAUCUUUUCCCCAGUUUAAUCGUUACGAAAUCCCCAAAACACCCUUUUCUCCUUUCCAGAUCUGGAAACAGACCAAACACCCGACAAAUGGCAACAAAUCCCCCCGAGGUCCGGCUCGUAGUUUUACCAAAACAAUAAUGGCAAAUUAGCAAAUCCAUGCCCCGAGGUCCCAUCAAUUUCAGACGUUUCCCCCUUAAAAUGCCACUUCUCAUAUGGUAUGUCCUUCACUUAUAAGACGAGCAUGGCUGCGAUCGGUGCUUUGCGAUUGCCUUCUGCGACGUCGUCCUCCAAUGCUUCUUCCAUUUCUUCUAGCCGUAAAUCCCCGGCUACUCGGAGCUUGUCGUUCUCGGCUUCCACUCUUUCCGGUGAGAAGCUUGUUUCCACAACGGUUACCGUUUCCCGCCAAACGAAACGGACUCCGUUGAUCGUUUCGCCGAAAGCCGUUUCGGAUUCCAAGAACUCGCAGACAUGUCUUGACCCCGACGCUAGUCGAAGUGUUCUGGGUAUUAUUUUGGGAGGUGGAGCAGGGACGAGGCUUUACCCGCUAACAAAGAAGAGAGCAAAGCCGGCUGUUCCAUUAGGAGCAAAUUAUAGGCUAAUUGAUAUUCCUGUUAGCAAUUGCUUGAACAGUAACAUAUCCAAAAUCUACGUUCUCACACAAUUCAAUUCUGCUUCUCUCAAUCGCCACCUUUCCCGCGCAUAUGCCAGUAACAUGGGUGGUUAUAAGAAUGAAGGGUUCGUCGAAGUUCUUGCUGCUCAGCAGAGUCCUGAGAACCCAAAUUGGUUCCAGGGGACAGCUGAUGCAGUGAGGCAGUAUUUGUGGUUGUUUGAGGAGCAUAAUGUUUUGGAAUUCUUGGUUCUUGCUGGGGACCAUUUAUAUAGAAUGGAUUAUGAAAAGUUUAUUCAGGCGCACAGAGAAACUGAUGCUGAUAUUACUGUAGCUGCGUUGCCGAUGGAUGAAAAACGGGCUACUGCGUUUGGUCUGAUGAAGAUUGAUGAAGAAGGGCGAAUAAUUGAAUUCGCUGAGAAACCAAAAGGGGAUCAAUUAAAAGCCAUGCAGGUUGAUACUACAAUUUUAGGUCUUGACGAUAAGAGAGCAAAAGAGAUGCCUUACAUUGCUAGUAUGGGCAUAUAUGUUGUCAGUAAAGAUGUGAUGUUGAAUCUUCUUCGAGAAAAGUUUCCAGGUGCCAAUGAUUUUGGAAGUGAAGUCAUUCCAGGUGCUACUUCCAUUGGGAUGAGGGUGCAAGCUUACUUGUAUGAUGGCUACUGGGAGGACAUUGGUACCAUUGAGGCUUUUUAUAAUGCAAAUCUAGGAAUUACGAAAAAGCCAGUGCCAGAUUUCAGCUUCUAUGACCGUUCCUCUCCAAUCUACACCCAGCCUCGGUAUUUACCUCCAUCCAAAAUGCUUGAUGCUGAUGUUACUGAUAGUGUUAUUGGUGAGGGUUGUGUUAUUAAGAACUGUAAAAUUCACCAUUCUGUUGUUGGUCUUCGAUCUUGCAUUUCUGAGGGUGCAAUCAUAGAAGAUACCUUACUGAUGGGAGCAGAUUAUUAUGAGACUGAUGCUGACAGGAGGUUUCUGGCUGCAAAGGGCAGCGUUCCAAUUGGUAUUGGAAGGAAUUCACAUAUCAAGAGAGCUAUUAUUGACAAGAAUGCUCGAAUUGGUGAUAAUGUGAAGAUCAUUAAUGGUGACAAUGUGCAAGAAGCUGCAAGGGAAACGGAUGGAUAUUUCAUUAAAAGUGGGAUUGUCACAGUAAUCAAGGAUGCCUUGAUUCCUAGUGGAACUGUAAUCUGAGGAAGUUACAUUGCUACUGCUAAGUAGAGAUGCAGGAUUGGCAUGGAGAAACAUUCCAAAGAUUGUCUUCGGUCAUUUAGCCCCUAAUUCAAGAAAACAAUAAGUGAUAUGGACAUUGUGAAAUUAGCAUUUUGUAACUGAUGGACUACAAUGUAAAAGCCAUUUUAACAGAGAUGAAGCAUCAGCCGAUGUAAAAUGCCCCUGGAGGUAUAUUUUCAUCAGAUAUCCUUUCCUAAUAA